AUGGGCUUAGUUUUGGGAUUGCCAAGGACUAAAAGAGGUAGAGAUAGCAUCUUUGUUGUUGUUGAUCGAUUUUCAAAGAUUGCUCAUUUCAUUCCAUGUCAUAAAUGUGAUGAUGCUCCCAAUGUAGCAUCUUUGUUUGUUGAGCAUGUUGUUAAAUUGCGUGGAAUUCCUCAAACCAUUGACUUUGGGUUCUAUGCUUCGUACCAUAGUGCAUGGAAAGUUGCCUCGUGGGAGGAACAUUUGCCUUUAGUUGAAUUUGCUUAUAAUCGUGUUAUUCAAAAAAUUAUUGUGUUGGAGCGACUCAAUGACAACGCCUACAAGGUUUCCCUUCCUCUGGAAUACCAAGUGCACAACACUUUCAAUGUGUGUGACCUGUCACCUUUUCCAACUGCGGCUGACGAUGAUCCGUCGAAUUUGAGGACAAAUUCUUUUCAAGAAGGAGAGAAUGAUGUAAAACAAUUUACAUCAAGGCCAUUUACUAGAAGCCAAACUCAAGACCUUCAAAGGAUGCAAGGGAUGCUCAUGAAGAUGGAAGUGCUCGAGAUGGUGUUGAUGACAAGGAAGGAGUUUCAUGCCUUGAAAAUUGUUGAAGAAGUUUCUUUCGGCGCGCAGGGUCCACUUGGCGCAUUGCCCAAUGGCUUAGGCGAUGGCUCCAGUCCGCCUAAUGUUACAGGACGUGACUAG